AUGGCGGAGCUCGACAGCGCUGCUCAUGACCCAGUGCAGACCGGCAACGCGCUGCUCGAAGCAGAGACCGGGGCAGGAAGCGAUGCUACCCAUGUGCACUACUACUACCGACCAUUCACCCAAAAGAGACGUAUCAGAGUCUCGCAAGCCCUCCUGGAGAGCAGAACAACUACACGCCAGUCAAACCAGAAGCCGACCAUAAACGAUCCCAGCCCGUGA